AUGGGGACCGGGACUUGGAUCCGGACGGGUUUGCUGCUCUCGCUCGCGCUGACCGGCGCCGACGCAGGCAACGCUUCUGAAGGCGCGCUUCCGGCGUGCUCCACGUGGGGGCGCUCCCACUGGCGCACGGCAGACGGCGCCACCUUCCGGCUGCCGUCGGCGUGCAACCACCGCCUGGCGGCCGACUGCGGCGGCCCCUACGAGACCUUCGACGUGCAGAUGCGGCGGCGGGAGGCCGACGGCGACGGCGCCAUCCGGGCCGUCCUGAUGAGGCUGGACCGGGACGCGCUGGAACUGCUGGCGGACGGCGGCGUGCGCCUCAACGGCAAAAGGGCGCGACUUCCUGUGGCCGAGCCGUUUGUGAGCGUCAAGAAAAGCUCGUCCGGCGUCCUCGUCAGCUCCAAACUGGGACUACGAGUCGCGUGGAACCUCGACGACGCCCUCAGCAUCGAGAUUGACAAAAAAUACGCGGGUUCCAUUUGCGGACUCUGCGGAAACUUUGACGGCAUCGACGACGAGUUGCUGCGAGACGGCGCGGCGCUGCCCGUCGCCGACUACGCCGACCGGCACAAAGUCAGCGGACCGGCCGAGACGUGCGAGGAGGAAGACGAGCCCGCCGUCCCUCGAGACUGUCCCGACAAGGAGUUGUGCGCGCGGGCGCUGUCGGCCGCGGCGUUCGGCGGCUGUCGGGACCUGGCGGACGCGGACGAUUUCAUCCGAGCGUGCGCGGCCGACGUCUGCCACGCGGCUGCGCGGGACCCCGCGCGCCUUUCCGAGGCCGUCUGUCGGAGCGUGUCCGAGUUCUCCCGGUCCUGCGUCCGCGCCGGAGGAGCGCCGGGAACGUGGAGGAACGCCACCUUCUGCCACCAGGAGUGCCCCUCCGGCAUGACGUUUGCGGAGUGCGCCCCCUCCUGCCCGGACAGCUGCAGCGACCCCCGGGCCAGCCGAACCUGCGACACGCGAUGUCACGCCGGAUGCAGCUGCCCCCCCGGUACGGUGCUGGACGACGUGGGCCGGUCGGGCUGCGUGGCCGUCAGCCGAUGUCCUUGCUCGCACGACCGGCGGGUGUACCCGGCCGGACACGCCUUCUCGCAAGACUGCAGAACAUGCGCGUGCCGGGGCGGCCGCUGGAGGUGCUCGGAGGACGGCGAGUGUCCCGGGACCUGCGCCGUGCAGGGCGGUGCUCACGUCAACACCUUUGACGGCAAAGUCUACACUUUCCACGGGGACUGCACAUACGUGCUGGCCAAGAGUAACGAUUCGUCGUACACGGUCUUGGUGGAUCUGGUCCAGUGCGGCGUAUCGGACGCGAGGACUUGUCUCCGUGCGGUCACGCUGGCCUUGAACGGCAACUCUUCGGUGGUGAAGAUUCAGGCUUCCGGGCAGGUGUUGGUCAACAACAUCCUUUCCCAACUUCCUCUCUUCACGCCCGAGCUGAGCGUCUUCCGUCCGUCGUCCUUCUACGUGCUGGUCGGCGCCGGGCCGGGUCUGCGGCUGACGCUGCAGAUUUCUCCCAUCAUGCAACUCUUCCUGUCGGCGCCCGCCUCGCUGAAAGGGAGCACCUCAGGCUUGUGCGGCGACUUCAACGACGUGAUGAGCGACGACUUCCGCGUGCCGAGCGGCCUCGUGGAGGGCGCCGCCGCCGCCUUCGCCGACACGUGGAAAACGCGAGCCGCCUGCCCCGACGUCCGGACGCGCUUCGGACACCCGUGCGCUCGCGGCAUUAGCAAGGAGAGCUACGCCCGGUACUGGUGCUCCAAACUGACGGAUCCCGGUUCAGCCUUCGCCGCUUGCCACUCGCUGGUCAGUCCGGAGACCUUCAGAGACAACUGCAUGUACGACGCCUGCACGUGCGAGCAAAGCGAGUCGUGCAUGUGUGCCGCCGUCUCCGCCUACGUGCACGCCUGCUCUGCGGCGGGAAUCCACAUCGGCGGCUGGAGGAGCGAAGUCUGCGGCCGCCUGUCCUCGUGCCCGGCGGGCACGGUGUACGACUACAACAUGACCAGUUGCGGCCGCACGUGCCGUUCGCUCGCCGGGCCGGACCGCGCGUGCCGGACGCGCUUCGCGGCGGUGGACGGAUGCGGCUGCGCCCGGGGAACCUACAUGGACGAGAGCGGGCGUUGCGUGGCCGCCGCGCAGUGCCCGUGUUACCUGGACGACGACAUCGUCCCGCCCGGACAGGCCGUCAACCGCCAGGGAUGCCCAUGCAUCUGCAGACACGGCGCCCUCAGCUGCGCCGGAGGAGCAAGCGCUGCUGCAGCCCAGCGGUGUGCGGCCCCCAAAGUCUACUUGAACUGUUCGGCGGCCCCCCCGGGCUCCGUGGGCGUCGAAUGCGAGAGGAGCUGCGGCGCCGUGGCCGCUUUGCCGUGUAUCAGCGGCGGCUGCGUCUCGGGCUGCGUGUGUCCCGACGGCCUGGUUUCCGACGGGCUCGGGGGCUGCGUGGACGCCCGCGGGUGCCCGUGCGUCCACAACGGCCGCCACUACCGGCCCGGCCACGUCCUCCGAGCGGAUUGCAACACUUGCACGUGCGCGGCCGGAAGAUUCACGUGCACCAGCAAAGUGUGCGACGGUGUGUGCCGUUUCUACGGCGACGGCCAUCACAUCACUUUCGACGACAAGAGGUUCGACUUCCACGGUCGGUGUGAACACACGCUCGUGCAGGACUACUGCGGCGACAACGACACAACUGGAACUUUCCGGAUUAGCAGCGAGAACGUUCCUUGCGCCAGCUCACCGACGGCGACCUGCUCCAAGAACGUCAAAAUCUUCAUUCAGGACGAUGAAGAAUUCCACCUGAAGGACGAGAGGUUCCACGUAAUCCGGAGCCGGCAGCCGCUUUUCCCGCCGCAGGUGCGUCAGAUGGGCAUCUACAUGGUGGUCGCCGUCAAGCCGGGAGUCGUCGUCACCUGGGACAAGAAGACCUCCGUCUUCAUCAAACUGGCGCCAGACUAUCGAGCUCGGGUUUGCGGCCUGUGCGGCAACUACGACGGAAACAUCCGCAACGACCUGGCCAAGCGGUCCGGGGACAGCGUGACCGACGCGCGAGAGUUCGGAAACAGCUGGGCGCCGUCCGGGUCCGGCUGCCUCGACGCCGUCCUCCCAGUCCCGCCGCCCGACCCGUGCCGCGCCAACCGAUACCGCGCCGCGUGGGCGCAGAGGCAGUGCAGCGUCAUUAUCGGCGUCACCUUCGACGCCUGUCACCUGCAGGUCGACCCUGGUCCCUACUAUGACGCGUGUGUGCGCGACACGUGCGCGUGCGACAGCGGGGGCGACUGUGAAUGUUUGUGCACGGCGGUGGCGGCCUACUCCAAGGCUUGUAAUGAGGCCGGCGCUUGCGUACGAUGGAGAACGCCCAAAUUCUGCCCCAUCUUUUGUGACUACUACAACGCCCCCGGAGGCUGCGAGUGGCACUACAAGGCGUGUGGAGCGGACUGCAUGAAGACCUGCAGGAAUCCUUCGGGAAGGUGUUCUCAGGUCAUCGGCGGUCUGGAAGGAUGUUACCCUCAGUGCCCUCCCAGUCGACCAUACUUUGAUGAGGACAGGAUGACUUGUGUGUCGUGGGAUCAAUGUGGUUGCUAUGACAGCAUGGGCGGCCAUUACGGCCUGAGCGAGGCAGUUCCUGCUGAGAACUGUCAUACUUGCUUGUGUACGGCGUCUGGAAUACAGUGUAACUACAACGUAAACAACUGCACCUGCUUCAUCAAGGGCAAAGUAUACGUUUACGGCGCCACAAUCUAUAACACGACGGACGGGCUGGGCAACUGCAUUACAGCGACGUGCGGAGCCAACGGGACAGUGAGCCGGCACGUUUAUCCGUGUUUCGUAACCGUCGGCCCGACAGCGCACACAACACCGUUUACCUUCAGCACAGCGGGAAUCUCAACUCACGUUGUUACUCCGACACCAUCAAUAACUACAAAGGUAACCACGCAAAAAACCACCCAGGAAGGAAACACAUCAGUCCAGGGGAAAACGACAGCAGCUUCUUUCACAACCACAAGAGGAGCAACCACCAGACCUCGAGAAACAACCACCAGAAAGGGAACAACAAUCAAGACAGAGACAACAACGACGCCAAGAACCACCGCCAGCCCUCCGACAGGCACUUCUACUACAGUUGUUGGAGAAACAACAUCCUUUGUGCCAGGAGUCACAACCACAGCUACCGCGUACACCGGAACAUCCCAACCCUCUUUUAGUAGCACAACUACCAAGGUUCCCACAACAACCAAAGAGGGGACCACGACCAGAGCUGGAGAAAUAACUACACGUGAGACAACCCAACCUGAAUUUACACCUGGGCCAACAACCACUUAUACCACAGGUGUUCGGGAUACAACAACCUUUAUACCAGGUGUAACGACGACAGCCACUGAAUACACAGUAACAUCCCAACCCUCUUUUAGUACCACAACUACGAAAGGUGAAACAACCCCUCGAGUUGAAGAAACAACAACAAUAGAGAAAACAACGACACAAGGUGGGACAAAAACUCCUGAAUUAACUACCAAAUCAACAAUCACAACAAUUGUUGAGAAAACGACCACACCCAGCUUCAGCACUGGCCCAACAGCUUCUACCACAUUUGUUGGUGAAACUACAGCACAAGAAACAUCUCUGCCCUCUGUGGUUACAACAACUACCAAAGCGGGGACGACCGCCAGGACCGCGCAGACAACGACAAGUGGGAUAACAACCAGACAGGGUGAGACAACAAGGUCCGAAUUCGUCACUGCCCCAACAGCGACUUCAAUCACAGUAGUUGGGAAAACAACUUCAGUGCCAGGUGUCAUCACUACAAAAUCUGAGAUGACAAAAACAACAUCGCAGCCAUCUGUAACGACUACAAAUAUGAGAAUAUCAACAACGGUGGAGGGUGAGAUUACCACACAACCAGAAUUCACCACUGGAUCAAGAACCAAUGCCACAACAGUUGUCAAAACUACAAACUCAGUACCAGGUGUUGCAACAACCUCUGAGUUUACAGAAAUGACACCCCACACAUCUGUGGGUACCUCAACUACUAAAAUACCGAUAACAACUUCGAGACAAACUACCACCGGACCUGGAGAAACAACCAUCACACAAGAGACAACAGUAAAAAGUGAGGUAACAACACCCAGAUCCACCACUGGCCCAACAAUGUCUCCCACGGUUGUAGGUGUAACGACGACAGCUACCAAAUCCACAGGAACAACACCCCAACUCUCUUUUAGUACCACAACUACGAAAGUUCCAACAACAACGAAAGGGGGAACUACCACCAGACCCGAUGAGACAACCACCACAGAGGUAACAACAGUAAAGAGUGAGAUAACAACACCAAGAUUCACCACUGGCCCCAAAACUAAAUCUACCACAGUUGUUGGAGAAACAACAACCUUUGUUCCAGGUUUAACAACUACACAACCUGAGCUGACAGUAACAACGUCUCAACCCUCUGUGAGUACCACGACUACUACAAUACCAAUAGCAACUUCAAAACAAACUACUACCAGACCUGGAGAAACAAGCACCACACAAACAACAGUAAAGAGUGAGGUAACAACACCCAGAUUCACCACUGGCCCCAAAACUAAAUCUACCACAGUUGUUGGAGAAACAACAACCUUCGUUCCAGGUUUACCAACGACACAACCUGAGUUGAGAGUAACAACGUCCCAACCCUUUGUGAGCACCACAACUACUACAAUACCUCUAGCAACUUCAAAACAAACUACGACCAGACCUGGUGAAACAACCACCACACAAACAACAGUAAAGAGUGAGAUAACAACACCAAGAUUCACCACUGGCCCCAAAACUAAAUCUACCACAGUUGUUGGAGAAACAACAACCUUUGUUCCAGGUUUAACAACGACACAACCUGAGUUGACAGUAACAACGUCUCAACCCUCUGUGAGUACCACGACUACUACAAUACCAAUAGCAACUUCAAAACAAACUACUACCAGACCUGGAGAAACAAGCACCACACAAACAACAGUAAAGAGUGAGGUAACAACACCCAGAUUCACCACUGGCCCCAAAACUAAAUCUACCACAGUUGUUGGAGAAACAACAACCUUCGUUCCAGGUUUACCAACUACACAACCUGAGUUGAGAGUAACAACGUCCCAACCCUUUGUGAGCACCACAACUACUACAAUACCUCUAGCAACUUCAAAACAAACUACGACCAGACCUGGUGAAACAACCACCACACAAACAACAGUAAAGAGUGAGGUAACAACACCCAGAUUCACCGCUGGCCCCAAAACUAAAUCUACCACAGUUGUUGGAGAAACAACAACCUUUGUUCCAGGUUUAACAACGACACAACCUGAGUUGACAGUAACAACGUCUCAACCCUCUGUGAGUACCACGACUACUACAAUACCAAUAGCAACUUCAAAACAAACUACUACCAGACCUGGAGAAACAACCACCACACAAACAACAGUAAAGAGUGAGGUAACAACACCCAGAUUCACCACUGGCCCCAAAACUAAAUCUACCACAGUUGUUGGAGAAACAACAACCUUCGUUCCAGGUUUACCAACUACACAACCUGAGUUGAGAGUAACAACGUCCCAACCCUUUGUGAGCACCACAACUACUACAAUACCUCUAGCAACUUCAAAACAAACUACGACCAGACCUGGUGAAACAACCACCACACAAACAACAGUAAAGAGUGAGGUAACAACACCCAGAUUCACCGCUGGCCCCCAAACUAAAUCUACCACAGUUGUUGGAGAAACAACAACCUUCGUUCCAGGUUUACCAACUACACAACCUGAGUUGAGAGUAGUAACAACGUCCCAACCCUUUGUGAGCACCACAACUACUACAAUACCUCUAGCAACUUCAAAACAAACUACGACCAGACCUGGUGAAACAACCACCACACAAACAACAGUAAAGAGUGAGAUAACAACACCCAGAUUCACCACUGGCCCCAAAACUAAAUCUACCACAGUUGUUGGAGAAACAACAACCUUUGUUCCAGGUUUAACAACGACACAACCUGAGUUGACAGUAACAACGUCUCAACCCUCUGUGAGUACCACGACUACUAAAAUACGUACAACAACUUCAACACAAACUACCCCCAGACCUGGAGAAACAACUACCACACAAACAACAGUAAAGAGUGAGGUAACAACACCCAGAUUCAGCACUGGGUCAACAACGUCUACCACAGUUGUUGGAGAAACAACAACUUUAGUUCCAGGUUUAACAACGACACAACCUAAGCUGACAGAAACAGCGUCUCAACCCUUUGUGAGUACCACGACUACUAAAAUACCAAUAUUAACUUCAAGACAAACUACCACCAGACCUGGAGAAACAACCACAACACAAGAAACAACAGCAGAGAGUGAAGUAACAACACCUCGAUUCACCACAGGCGCAACGACAACAACAGUUGUUGGAGAAACAACAACCUUCGUUCCAGGUUUAACAACUACACAACCUGAGUUGAGAGUAACAACGUCCCAACCCUUUGUGAGCACCACAACUACUACAAUACCAAUAGCAACUUCAAAACAGACUACCCCCAGACCUGGAGAAGCAACCACCACACAAGAAACAACAGCAGAGAGUGAAGUAACAACACCCAGAUUCACCACUGCCCCAACAACGUCUACUACAGUUGUUGGAGAAACAACAACCUUAGUUCCAGGUUUAACAACUACACAAGUUGAGUUGACAGUAACAACGUCUCAACCCUCUUUGAGUACCACGACUACUACAAUACCCAUAGCAACUUCAAAACAAACUACCCCCAGACCUGGAGAAGCAACCACCACAAAAGAAACAACAGUAAAGAGUCCGAUAACAACACAAAGAUUCACUACAGGCCCAACAACGUCUACCACAGUUGUUGGAGAAAGAACAACCUUACUUCCAGGUAUACCAACUACACAAACUAAGCUGACAGCAAUGACGUCUCAACGCUUUGUGAGCACUACAAUACCAAUAGCAACUUCAAAACAGACUAUCCCCAGACCUGGAGAAACAACCACAACACAAGAAACAACAGCAGAGAGUGAAGUAACAACACCUCGAUUCACCACAGGCGCAACGACAACAACAGUUGUUGGAGAAACAACAACCUUCGUUCCAGGUUUAACAACUACACAACCUGAGUUGAGAGUAACAACGUCCCAACCCUUUGUGAGCACCACAACUACUACAAUACCAAUAGCAACUUCAAAACAAACUACCCCCAGACCUGGAGAAGCAACCACCACACAAGAAACAACAGCAGAGAGUGAAGUAACAACACCCAGAUUCACCACUGCCCCAACAACGUCUACUACAGUUGUUGGUGAAACAACAACCUUAGUUCCAGGUUUAACAACGACACAACCUAAGCUGACAGAAACAGCGUCUCAACCCUCUGUGAGUACCACGACUACUACAAUACCCAUAGCAACUUCAAAACAAACUACCCCCAGACCUGGAGAAGCAACCACCACAAAAGAAACAACAGUAAAGAGUCCGAUAACAACACAAAGAUUCACUACAGGCCCAACAAUGUCUACUACAGUUGUUGGUGAAACAACAACCUUAGUUCCAGGUUUAACAACUACACAACCUGAGCUGACAGAAACGGCGUCUCAACCCUCUGUGAGUACUACGACUACUAAAAUACCAAUAUUAACUUCAAGACAAACUACUACCAGACCUGGAGAAACAACCAUCACACAAGAGACAACAGUAAAGAGUGAGGUAACAACACCCAGAUUCACCACUGGCCCAACAACGUCUACCACACUUGUUGGUGAAACAACGACAGCUACCAAAUCCACAGGAACAACAUCCCAACCCUCUUUUAAUAGGACCACAACUACAAAUGUUCCAACAUCAACCAAAUGGGGAACUACCACCAGCCCCAGAGAGACCACCAUCACAGCCAGAUUCACCACUGGUACCAAAACUAAAUCUACCUCGGUUGUUGGAGAAACAACAACCUUAAUUCCAGGUUUAACAAGUACACAAGCUGAGUUUACAGGAACGUUUCAACCCUCUGUGGGUACGACAACUACUAAAAUACCAAUAACAACUUCGAGACAAACUACCACCGGACCUGGAGAAACAACCACCAUACAAGAGACAACAGUAAAAAGUGAGAUAACAACACCCAGAUUCACCACUAGUCCAAGAAUGUCUACCACAGUUGUUGGUGAAAUGACAACAGCUACCAAAUCCACAGGAACAACAUCCCAACCCUCUUUUAGCACCACAACGACUAAGGUUCCGACAACUGAAGGGGGAACUCCCCAUAGACCUGGAGAAACAACCACCACACAGGAAACAACAGCAAAGAGUCCAAUAACAACAUCAAGAUUCACCACUGGCCCAACAAUCUCUACCACACUUGUUGGUGAAACGACAACAGCUACCAAAUCCACAGGAACCACAUCCCAACCCUCUUUUAGAACCACAACCGCAAAAGUUCCAACCGUGACCAAAGAGGUAACUACCACCAUCCCUGGAGGAAUAACCACCACUGAGGGAAGUACAGUCAAGAGUGACUCCACACACAAAGUAACUACUGGUCAAACAACUAUUUCUAGCACCUUUGUUGGUGAAACAACAACAGGUUCACGAUACACAGGUACAACUCCCCAAGCAUCGUUUAGUACCACAACCACUAGAGUUCCAACCACAACCCAAGGGCAAAGUACCACCAGAAAUGCAGAAACGACAACUGGAGAGAGAACACCUGGACAGAGUGAGACAACAAUCCAACCGCAAUUCACAACUGGCUCAACAACCGAGGGAAGCACAGUUCUUGGGAAAACGACAAUCCCAAGUUUUACAACUAAUGACUACAAAGAAACAACAUCCCAACCCUUUAUCAGUGGUACUACUCGCGAGGUUCCAACAAAAACAUCAAGUCGAAGUAGCGCCACUACUGGAGGGACAAGCGCAAGAGAGGGAACAACGGCGAAUCGUGAGGCUUCAACAACAAUCAGACUCUCCAAUAUCCCAACAACCAACGCAACCUUUUUUACAACAUCAUCCCUGCCCUCUGCUCGUACUACCAGCGUAUUCUCAACCACUGAGGGCGUUUUCACCGGAGGGCCACAAACAACAGUCGUGAUUACAAAACCUUCGCUUUUAAGCACAACUGUUGGGACUCCAACGCGUCUUGCUGGGACAACCGUUAGCAGAGCCACAACGCAAACACUCCCUGGCACCGUGACUGCGUACACGAGUGGAACAACCACAAGCGGUCAAGCCAGAACAACCGCCUCGACGUCUUCACUUCCGUUUACUACGACAUUGUGUUUCUGCUUUUUUAAUGGGACUGCGUACCGUCCCGGUGAUUUUGUGUACAAUGUGAGUGACGGUUUAGGUUGGUGUUUCGUCGCGUCUUGCAAUGCAUCUUGUCAAGUGGAGACCCGGUCCAGCCUGUGUCCAACGCACGCGCCCAGCACCACCGCGCGGUCUACUUCCUCAGAGUCUCGGGCCACCACUACGACGGCCUCACUUUCAACAACAACGGCAGCAAACGGCGCCUCCUCCUCCACGACUGCCCUGGACUGCUCUCAAGCGUCUCCACCCAGAAAGAAUGGAGAGUCCUGGAAGGUGGGCAACUGCACGUCGGCGACCUGUGUCAAUGGCGUGAUCGCAGAGUCGGCGACGGCCUGUCCUACCACGCAACCGUUAACCUGCGCCAACGGGAGGAAAGCCGUCAAGGUCUACGACGACGACGACGACGGAUGCUGCUUCCACUAUGAAUGUCAAUGCGUGUGCAGCAUCUGGGGCGAGUCUCACUUCUCGACCUUCGACGGCAAGUCUUACAGCUUCCACGAGAACUGCUCCUACUACUUGGUCAAGGAGAUCACAGCCAAGCACGAGCUGACCGUGGUGAUCGACAACCACGACUGCCACCCCCCAGACGGCGACUUUUGUCCUCAGGCUCUCAACGUCGCUUACAAAUCCCACCGAGUGGUGCUGACGCGGAGGAAGACUUCGGGACUUGUCAGGAAUGUGGCGUUCAUCAACCAGAAACAGAUUUUGUCCGACUGGAGUAACUCAGUUCUGCGCCUGACCGGGAGGGAUCAGAUGACCAUACUGGAGAUCCCGGAAAUCCAGAGCCAGGUGCGCUACAGGGGCUCGUCCUUCAGCAUCCAUUUGCCAAACUCCUUGUUCGCUGGAAACACAGAGGGGCAGUGUGGGACGUGCGACAACUCCCAGCACGACGACUGCCGAUCCCCCAACGGUCAGGUCGAGAGCUGCUCCGACUCGGCCGACCGUUGGCUGGUCCCGGGAACGCCCUGCGGCGUCACCCCCACCGGGUCGCCGGUGACCACGCCCACCCCCUCGCCCACCUGCAAGCCGGCCAUCUGCGACCUGAUCACCAGCAGCGUGUUUGCGGGGUGCCACGCGCUGGUGCCUCCGGAACCUUUCUUUGCGUCCUGCGUGUCGGACGUCUGCGGGGGCGCCGACCGCUCCUGCUCCGGUUUGGAGGCGUACGCCGCCCAGUGCUCGAGUGAGGGGAUUUGCGUGGACUGGAGGAACAGCACCCGGGGCCAGUGCGAGCUCGUGUGUCCCGGCGACAAAGUCUACAUGGCGUGUGGCCCCCUGGUGGAGCCCACGUGCAACGACAGGUACAACAGGAAGUUCCAGGCCCAGUCCAACGGGACCAGGGAGGGCUGCUUCUGCGCGCAGGACUCCAUCUUGUUCAACAGUGUUCACGACACGUGCGUCACGUCGUGCGAUUGCGUGGGACCGGAUGGCAAACCCAAACAGGUGGGCGACGUGUGGACAAGCGACUGCAACACGUGCAGUUGCGACGGCGACUCGCUGAGCGUCCUCUGCCAGCCCGUGCGGUGCCCGCCGGCCACCGCCGACCUUACCUGCGACCGACCCGGCCAGCGGUCGGCCGCCGCCGUCGAGGGCUGCUGCGUGGUGCAGUCGUGCGAAUGUCACGCCAACCUGUGCCCGCCACCGCCGGUCUGCCCGCCGGGUUUCAGUCUCAAUUUCACAAAUGGCACCUGCUGCCCGGCGUACACCUGCGAGCCCAAAGGUGUGUGCGUUCGCAACAUGACGGAGUACAAGCCCGGCGCCGAGAUCAAGAUGACGCGAGCGUCCGAUGCACUCGUCGACAUUUCCGAGCCGCUCGGACGGACGACGGCGGCGCCCCCGGCGGGACCGGAGUUUGCCGGCGCCGGCGCGUGCCAAGAGUGUGUCUGCGGAGACGUCGCCGAUCCUCGCACGGGACUCCACGGCAUCAUCUGCGCCCCCGUCCAAUGCAACCGCAACUGCUCUCGGGGCUUCCAGUACCAAGUUGCGCCAUCGCAAUGUUGCGGCACUUGCGUCCAAACCAGCUGCGUCGUGGUCACUCCCGACAACGCCACACACGUCAUAGCGGUGAACGGCACGUUCCUGUGGCCCGGCGACGCCUGCACCACGUUGACGUGCCAACGCGUCGACGGGCACCCGGUUACCAAGGAGACCAAGACCGCUUGCCCCCCCUUCGACCCGCUGUACUGCAAACCGGGCAGCGAGACGACGGACGCCCGCGGCUGCUGCCGACGUUGUGAGCUGCGCGACGCGUGCCAGGUGCGAACGCGCCGGAGCUUCUUGGAGGUGAACGGAUGUCGCAGCGGCGCACCCGUCAACGUCACUUCCUGCGCCGGACGCUGCUGGAGUUCGUCCACGUACUCCGCGGCCGCCGACGCCAUCAGUCGCCAGUGCGACUGUUGCCACGAGAGCGCCACCGGCAGGCGGCAGGUGGAACUCACCUGCCCCGACGGAUCCACGCAGCUCCACAGCGCCACCGUGGUGGAAGCGUGUCACUGCGCCCCGACGGCUUGCGGGGCUGCGGGGCCAGAAAGACGCCCGUGAGCCCGCCUUCCGCUUCCUUUCCACCGCUUGUUGUUCCUCGCCGACUUGAACUGUCCUGUGCGCAAAAUAAAACAACCGUGAUGCAAUAUGA